AUGCCGACAAGCGCAGAAGGUGGACAGCGUGGUGUUUAUCUUGCUCGAAGCAAAUUUGCAACACAAUCGGUUGUAAACGUCGAUGUUGAUUCAUUACCGAAUGUAUUAAGUAAAAAUAUUCGUAGAGCUGGCGGUGGGGCAAGCACUUCAUGUAAAGUGGUGGCCACUAUUGCAGUUUUAUUUGUAGCUGGAGCUGCUGCUGCUGCCGUUUUUGUUGCAGUUUCAUUGGCAACUACAUCAACUACGACAGUAACAACAACUACCAGCACCACCAGCACAAGCACAACAAGUACGUCAACUACUUCAACAACGACAACGACAACAACGACUACAACAACAACAACGACGACAACAACAACUACAACUACUACCACUACAACAACAACUACAACGAGUACAACAACAACAACAACAACUACUACAACAACAACAACAACAACUACCACAACAACAACGACUACAACUACCACUACAACAACAACUACUACUACCACAACAACAACGACUACAACGACCACUACAGCCACUACUACUACCACAACCACGGCCACAACGACAACUACCACAACUUCCACAACUACGACAACAGCAACAACGACUACGACAACAACAAGAACAACAACAACGACAACGACGACUACUACCACAGCAAUUGUGAAUCUUGCAACGCUUGGUGCAGUUACUGCGUCAAAUUUCUAUAGUGGCGCUGGUUCACCAAGUGCGCAAGGCGAUUAUGUUACAGGUCGUGCGCAAGGUGGAGGAUUUAAUGCCGGUGGAUUUGCUCCUCAGUAUAUUGAAAUUGACCUUCCGGGCAUAUACAGUAUAUCUAGUGUGUGUUUGAGUGUUGGUCAACUUCCAAAUGGUGCCACAGUUCACGAAAUCUAUAUGGGCGCUACUUCAAGCUCUUUAUCACUAGUUACUACGUUAAGUGGCUACACAUACUCCGGUCAAUGGCUUAAUACUACCUAUAGUCCAAUGGUGAGCGGGAUAAGUUCUAUUCAUGUCAGCACUGUAUCUAGUCCAUCAUGGGUGGCCUGGAACCUGUUUCUCGUUUAUGGAGUCUAA